AAAAAAUAUAUUUUUUUUUCUGAAAGUAUUAAGCUAUAAUUCUCUAUUCUACCUGCACUGACACCCAGAGACAUGGAUUAGUGUUUGUUAGAGUCAACCUAGUAUUUAGGAAAAUGAAGAGGCCUUAGGUAAUUAGCUUUGUUUAAUCAUCAGACCUUCUGUAUGAACUCAGAUGGGCAAAGUUCAGACAAAGCGGUUUUCUGAGGUCCUGACUUUGGAUGUUUUCCUGACUAAUAAUCACAAAGAACAAAAACAAAUUGGCAAGUAGUGGGGAAGGAUGGGAAAAUGAAAUAUUUGAGGACUGAAAGUUCUCAGGAGUACUGGACACAUUUUUGAUAAGGUUGGCAUGAAAUCCGAAAGCAGACUGCAUUCAUACAGGGUUUGUCUCAAAGCAAACACAGCUGUGUGUCACACCUUGGUCAGACGCCAUUGAAAGGUGCUGUGGUCAAAGUUAACAAGAUAACCAACCUGGUCAAAGAGAAAGGAUGCCACACCUUCCAAGAGAGCCUAUCUUCUUGGGGAAUGAUGCUCUGAGAGCCAGGCUGUAGUAUAAAAGGCCUUCCAGGGAUGGUAUUUUGAAAUUGUCACAGGAGUUCAAAAUACUCAGGGAAGAUUUUAGAAGAAAAUUAAAAAAGAAAACAAAAAACAAAACCCUAAGUUUGAAGGGAUGGUGCAAUCUUGACUUGAAGCUGUAUCAUUAGGAUUAGAUCUGUAAUUUAACAGCAGGACCUAAUUUUGCUUUUUCCCUGAUAUCAGCACAGUGCAAAGUAUGGCUUCCAUUUUACCUGCUUCUAAUAGAUCCAUGGGACGUGACAAGAAUGCAUAUGAGAGAAAAAGGUCUGUAUAUGUUAAGAAUCCUCACCUGGAUGCUAUGGAUGAAGACAUUCUCUAUCACUUGGAUUUAGGAACCAAAACACACAACCUACCAGCAAUGUUUGGGGAUGUAAAGUUUGUCUGCGUGGGUGGGAGCCCCAACAGAAUGAAAGCGUUUGCACUGUUUAUGCACAAGGAACUCGGGCUGGAGGGAGAUGGAGAAGACAUUGAAGACAUCUGUGCGGGAACAGACCGAUAUUGCAUGUUCAAAACAGGCCCUGUACUCUCCAUCAGUCACGGGAUGGGCAUCCCCUCCAUUUCCAUUAUGCUCCACGAACUCAUCAAACUACUCCACCACGCACGCUGCUGUGACGUUACCAUCAUCAGGAUUGGAACGUCAGGGGGCAUUGGCAUUGCCCCAGGGUCUGUGGUAAUAACAGAUACAGCUGUAGACUCCUUCUUCAAGCCUCGGUUUGAGCAGGUCAUCUUGGACAACGUGGUCACCCGAAGCACUGAACUUGACAAGGAACUGGCUAACGAUUUGUUCAACUGUAGCAGAGAAAUCCCCAAUUUUCCAACCCUCAUCGGCCACACGAUGUGUACCUAUGAUUUUUAUGAAGGCCAAGGUCGCCUCGAUGGAGCAUUGUGUUCCUUUUCAAGAGAAAAAAAGCUAGACUACUUGAAGAGAGCGUACAAAGCUGGAGUCAGGAACAUCGAAAUGGAAUCGACGGUGUUCGCAGCCAUGUGUGGACUCUGUGGUCUGAAAGCGGCUGUGGUCUGUGUGACACUUCUUGACAGACUUGAGAGUGACCAAAUCAAUUUGUCCCAUGAUGUCCUGGUGGAGUACCAGCAACGGCCACAGCUCCUAAUCUCGAAUUUCAUCAAAAAACAGCUUGGACUUUGUGACCAGAUGUCGGUGACUCAGAAUCGGGGCCCUCCUCCUGAGAGCUGAUACAUAGAGUUGCAACAAUGAAGCCAUGUGUUGUUCCUAACAUUUUUAUGUACUUUUCCUCCUUGGGCUAAAAACCAUAAAAGAUUUUAUGAAAUCUUUUAUCCUAAAGUUGGAUUUAUUGUAAGAGAAUUUAAUACCCAUGUGAAAUUAAGUUCAAAUUUCAUUUUAGAACCAGUUAACUAAGGCAGUGUAAUAAUUAAUAUUUUAAACUCACGAAUUGUGACAUUUGGAGUUUCAUAUGUAGCAUUAAUUAAGCGUACAUCAAAAUAGAUCAGCCAUUUGUAGAUGGUUACCAGUCACUUGCUGAAGCAGAUCCAGAAGUGUAUGUCAGGGUGCUGUCAGCACUUCUAGGUGUUGGACAAGUGACAAAAAUUGAUUAUGCACAUUCAAAAUAUUUACAGAAAUGUGUCAGUGUGAUAUAGGCCUGCAUGAAAGAAUUAUCCUUGGGGAAAUAUGCCCAUACUCUUCUUCUAUCCCUGCACAAUUUCAGUGCACACAGAAUGGAAUUAGAGGUUUAUGAAUGUCUACAUUUGUGAUUCUCACAGAACAUAACAGCUUGGGAUCACACAUCUUUUUUUCAAAUGAAAACCCUUGGUAAUGCAAAGACCCUUUUUUUUUUUCUUCCAAAAUCAGAAGUGACUAAAUGCCUUCUAGCAAUCUUUUUUUUUUUUUUUCUAUAAGGAAGUAUGUCUUGAGAAAGCUGUAUUUGUUGUUGUUUCUAUAAGAACUGGAUAAGCUGAAGAAUUAGUUAACAAUCAAAUUUAACAGGAAAUCGAGAGAGUGACGGAAUCCAUGUGUUUAGUUUUGAGGCAGGCUUCCUUCAGAGCCUGCACGUAUGCCUCCCCUGUUUGGCAGCAAGAGGCAGCACACAGCAGAGGCUCCAUGAAUUGAUCCCACCUUGAAGGUUCUCUUGAACGCUUAGAAAUUGGAGAGACUAGAUAAGACGAGUGCAGGGAGCCUUGCAAAUGUGUGCGUACGUAAUGUUAUGUAUAUAUAUUUAUAUGGUUGCGGAACAAAUAAAAUGUGACUCCCACCAUGCUGAAGAGUAUUUGGAUGCUGGACCAUUUGCUCAUUGGAUGUGGCUGAACAGGCACUCAGGGCAGGAUUCCCUGAUGGAGACAGCAGGCUCCAGGCUGAGUCUCAACUGGCCGAAGCCUGAGACAAGAAUGGAUUUCUUCUUCAAGCAGCAGCAAUAAAGAACCCCGUAGAAGAUGC